AUGCACCUUGUCGGGGCACUCUCACCGCUGAUGGCGACAGCGACGGGAUACCAGAUCUGCCCAGCGUCGUACUUGAUGGCUUGUGCGAGGGUCGCAGUUACGAAUCUCGAUGCCCUGUCGUCGCGCAACCACCGCGAGUGCCAUGAUGAGCGCCGCGACAUCUGGCUCGCUGCCAUCCACGAAUCGGGCUGGGUCGACUGCACCAAGGUCCAUCCCCACUUCAACGGCUAG